UGUUUGAUGUCCUCCUCUCCAGGGGUUUGUUCUCCAAGUUUUAUCAUCGAACUGUCGUCUUCAGCUUCCUGUUCUCCCGUGGCAGGCAUGGCUGGUGCCAAUGAUUACUUCAACAUAUGCCCCCAGCCACCCUCAUCUGGAACCAUCACCCCUAAAGACUCCCAGGCCCUGGGACUAAGUACGCCAGUGGCAACCCAGGUGCUCGAGACGCCUGUUGACUUUUACCCCAAGCGCUUCAACCGGGUUAACUCCCACCCCAUCUUGCAUAGACGGUUAAACGAGUCUGCUAGCUCGUUGGCCUCCGACUCUACCAUUGGCGACUCGUUUUUUUUAAAGAGCAAAAGUCGAAUCGAUUCCACCAUUUCCGAUAAUACGCUUGUCGAUGAUUCCCCCAGCAAAAUGGCCCUCAAUCUUCCCAAGUUGUCUAUCAAAGAAAAUCACCAGUUUCUGUUCACCAAUUCCCCUUCUUCCCCUAAACUAGCCUCGCCCAUGUUAAAAAAGUACUUGAGUUCUCCCACCAUAAAAACGUUCAACGACGUGGCCAAAAAGCCGGUUCAGGACUACAUACCCCAGAUUUUGAAGUUGGGCCCAAAUAUCCAUGUGUUGAACCAAAGCGAGCUCCAGUCAAUGCUUGCGAAGGUGCAGGUUGUGAAGGAGACCCUUUUGCCAAACUUGGUCACCAUCGACGUGAGGUCGUUCACCGACUACGCCAAGUGCCACUUCACCAAUGCCAUCAAUAUCUGCUUGCCCAGCACAUUGUUGAAGAGACCCAAUUUCUCGUUCAUCAGGUGCAUCAACUCGUUGCCCAUAUAUGAACGGAUGAUUUUGAAGACGUACUUCAACCACAACGCGGCCAACAAGUUGCAAAACAAGAGGUACACAGAUCUCGAAGGCAUUCCGUGUGGGGAGUUUGGGUAUCCAAGUAUUCUCAUCUACGAUAACUCCAACAACUCAUACAACAUAUACUGGAUGAUCAAGAAGAUUUUGGAAGAGUUCCAGGUAACUACCAGCAAGAUCUUUGUGAUUAAGGAUGGGUUUGCCGGUUUGUUGCAAAACCAGAGCUUCUCGUUUGAAGGUGGCAGCAAGCAAAACUUCAAUCUCGACGAGUUACUUGCGAGAGACACAAACGUGUUUAGGGACAUUGUCAUCAACCCUGAGUCAACCUCAUCGGCGACUUUGUCUCUGGACUCAAUUUCCCCAGGAAAAUUCAGAUCCCACCCCCUGAACGAGAUUCCUAACUCCAGGCAAGUUUCUCCACUUGAAGCCAGUACUCCUAUAUUAUCGAACUUCAAGCUACCACCCUCAGUGCACUCGACACCUAGCUUCAAAAUAAGACACAACGAAGAGGCUAUUGGUGAUGCUGUGAAGUUGGGAAUCGAUCUUGCUGCCAAGUACAAGGACCAUUUAAGUGAGCUUCCUAGCUGGUUAGGCAGCCAGACUCUCGAUGAAGAUAACCUCGUCAAGCUGUUCAACAAACUUGAACUCAAUGAGAAAAACAGACUCAAUAGUGCUUUUGAUAUCAAGAACAAUAUCCCACUCAUUGGUGCGGGAAUCGAAAUGGGAUACAAAAACAGAUAUAAAGAUAUCAUGAUUUUUGAGCACUCGAGAGUCAAAUUGGUGGACUUUGAGGAUCCCACCCUCUCCAAUUUUUGUGACUACAUCAACGCUUCUUACAUUGAUUCGGUAUCCAAUUUGGAUAUCCUUCCAAAGAUGAACCAUAGUCCUUUCAAGUAUAUUGCUACUCAGGGUCCUUUACACCACACUAUUGGAGACUUUUACAGAUGUGUUCUUAACAGUGAUAUCGCCUUAAUUGUGUGUUUAACAGAUGUUUGGGAAGAUGGUAUCCCUAAAUGUGAUCCUUACUGGAACACUGGAGUUUAUUUUUCUAACAACAAUGAAAUCAAGAUUACUUUGAUAAAGACUGAACCCAUCAAUGAUCGGCUUGUGUUAAGAAAUAUUCAAAUAAAUACCAGUGUGAAUGGUGAAGAUGUCACAAGACAUGUUUUACAGGUACAACUUUUGCAAUGGGCAGACAAUUCCAUCUGUAAUAACGUCAAUGACUUAUUAUACAUUUUUGAGUUGAGACGUAAAUUGAUGAAACAAUUAGAUCUUGGUGAAAACAAUACGUUGGUGCACUGUUCGGCUGGAUGUGGUCGAACCGGAACCUUCAUAGCCAUAGAUACUAUAUUGAACUUGGUUAGUAUGAACUACAAGUUUGAUGCUGGGAGGGACUUGAUUCCUUUGGUCGUGGACAACAUGCGUAGUCAAAGAAUUUCAAUGGUGCAGAAUCUUCGGCAGUACAUGUCUGUGUAUGAGUCCUUGAUUUGCUCUUUCUUACAGCAUGGAAAUGUUAACGACCGCAUAAAUGAAUCCCAGGUAAUUAAUGAUUUUUUAAAUAGAUAAAACAGGGUAAUAGACAAAAGCAUAGGUUAUUA